UAGUAGAGACGGGAUUUCAGCAUGUUGAUCAGGCUGGUCUGGAACUUCUGACCUCAGUGAUCUGCCCACCUCGGCCUCCCAAAGUUCUGGCAUUAUGGAUGUGAGCCACUGUGCACAGCCCCCCUUCAAGUUUAAAACCAUCACUGUGCACCCUGUGCCUCUGCUAGGUACUGGAAUAAGAUGAAGCACCUUCUUGGAGUUUACAUGCUGAUAAUUGUGCCAGACAGUAAUAGCUCAGUUGCUGUCCCUGAAAGGAAGAGUAUGCUUGGAUUUCGCCUUGGAGGAGGAAGAGUUCAGGCUGCCACAACUGGACUAGCACUUCUGAAGAUCCCAAGGCGAGGUCCCAUGACCCCACCCCACCACACCACAGCAGGCUGCUGGAGUCCUGGGACCACCUGGAUGUCAGCCCUGCCCCAGGAAUCGACUGAAAAUUUGGUUCCAUUCCUGGACACGGAUUCAGCUGAAGAGCUGCCCCUGGGGCCAGAGCAGUUCUCCGCUGCACACCAGGAUUUAAAUGACAAGCUGACUCCGGAAGAAAGGCUCCCAGAGGUGGUCCCACUGCUGGACGGGGAUCAGAAUCAGACCCUAGUUCAGCUUCCUCGCCUCAAAAGUAAGGUUCCAACUGUAGAUCUAGAUCAGGCUGCAGGUCAUCAGGCAGAUGAAAUACUUGUUCCGCUAGACAGUAAGAUUUCAAAACCAACCACAUUUAUUGUUUCGCCCAAGAACCUGAAGAAAGAUCUAGCUGAGCGUUGGAGCCUUGCUGAGAUUGUUGGAAUUCCACACCGAUUAUCCAAACCUCUGCGUGAGAAACAGACUUUGCAGGAUGAAUAUUCGAGUAUGGACACACUGUAUCCCGGCGGCCUGCCUCCAGAACUCCGGGUGAACUCAGAUGAGCCUCCAGGGCCCCCUGAGCGAGUUGGACUUUCUCAAUUCCAUCUAGAGCCGGAAACUCAAAAUCCAGAGACCCUUGAACACAUCCAAUCCUCUUUACUCCAGCAAGAAGCCCCAGGGCAGCUUCCACAGCUCCCUGAGGAGGAAGAACCUUCUUCCACCCAGCAGGUGGCCCCAGCUCUGCCUCCAGCAUCCUCUAUGGAAAGUCUAACUCUACCGAAUCGUGAGGUGACAGUUCAGCCUCCAGGUGAGGAUCAAGCUCAUUAUAACUUGCCUAGCAUUACAAUUAAACCUGCAGAUGUGGAGGUUCCUAUGACUCCAGAGGCUGAAAACGAGACAGAAUCUUCUGAAGUCCAGCAGGAGUCCCCAGGUCAGCCUCCAGAGGAGGUGGAACCUUCUGCAACCCAACAGGAGCCCCCAACUGAGCCUCCAGGUCCUCCUGUGGAGCCUGAACUUUCCCCCAGUGAGCAGGAGCAGCCAGCUCAGCCUUCUGAGUCUUCUGGGGAGGUUGAAUCUUCUCCAGCCCUGCAGGAGACCCCAGCUCAGCCUCCAGAACAUCAUGAAGUCACAGUUUCACCUCCUGGUCACCAUCAGACUCAGCAUUCAGAUAUGCCCAGUGUCUCUGUUAAGCCUCCAGAUGUGCAGCUCACCAUAGCAACAGAGCCUAGUGCAGAG